AUCCAAAUUUUAAACACCAAGAAUUUGAUACAGAUCCAUUUUAAAAGAGUUUAAAGUACAUCAGGAAAUCUGGAAUGAUCUGAUUCUACUUUUGCUUUUAUUUAACAAAGUGUUUGUGUGAUUUAGUGCUGCUGUCUGUGAUAUUAUUGAUGGGGUGAAAUUUGUACUGGUCAUUAAUGUUGACUGACAGUUGAGACAGAGGGAGAUUUGAGAGAGAAUUGUAUUUCUAAGAUGAUACAAAACUCACUUGUUUUGAUCAACAUCUGCUUUCAGAUAAUAAAAUGGCCUUUAGAGUGAGUCUGUCUGAAGACUAUGACAAUAAAAAGGACAAGAGGUGAGUGAAGUUUAAGUAUUUUCAUGCUUUAACUAUUUCAUGUAAAUAAACAAUAAAUUAAUAGCAUGUUGUUGUUUUUUAUUUUUAAUCAAUCGGUCUCACAUAGCAAUGUGUCUCUGAUGAGAAACCAACCAAUGGAUUUUAAACAACACUGCAUGGAGGAAAACUCCUCUGAUGAGCCCAAUCUGUGUGAGAAAAAAUAUCCUGCACCCUGCAGUUGUGUGUCUAUGAAGAGUGAUCUAUCAAUGGAUCUACAAGCAAAUUUCAGUAGGGGAGACUCUUCUGCUGAUCUGAGUCAAAAACAGGCUGGACCCGAAUCAUGUAAUGCACAAAAGAUGGAAUCCAUUUUAAAGGAAGUUGAGCACAAAAUCAUCUCUGUAAUAAAGAAUGAGUUAAACAGUUUUAAGAGACUGCUGAGUCCAGAUUAUCCAGAAUGCUCCAAGAGAGAGGAUGAUGAUGAUGAUAGGAGUCACAGCAGAGUCAAAGAGAUGAUUCUGAAAAUCACAGUGCACAUCUUGAGAAAGAUGAACCAGACAGACCUCGCCAACACACUACAGUCCAAAUUGAUGCCUGUGUAUCAACAAAAACUUAAAUCCAGAUUAAAGGAGAAAUUUCAGAGAAUUCAUGAAGGAAUCUCCAGUCACGGUGACUCAAUACAUUUGAAUGAUAUUUACACAGAACUCUACAUCACAGAGGGAGGGAGUGGAGAGGUAAAUAAUGAACAUGAGGUUAGACAGAUUGAGACAUUGUCCAGGAGACCAGAGACACAACAAAGACCAAUCAAAUGCUGUGAAAUAUUUAAAGACUUACAUGGACAAGACAAACCCAUUAGAACUGUGCUGACUAAAGGAGUUGCUGGUAUUGGAAAAACAGUCUCUGUGCAGAAGUUCAUUGUGGACUGGGCUGAAGGAAAAGAAAAUCAAGAUGUUAAUUUCAUAUUUCCACUUCCUUUCAGGGAACUGAAUUUGAAACAUUUGAUCAAGAAAAAGAUCAGUCUUGUUGAACUUCUAAAUUGUUUUUACGAAGAAACAAAAAAGCUUAAGUUAACAGAUUUGAAUAUUUACAAAGUCAUCUUUAUAUUUGAUGGUCUUGAUGAGUGUCGACUAAAUCUAAAUUUCCAUGACAAUCAAAGAUUGUCAGAUGUAAAAGAACGUGCCUCAGUGGAUGUGCUGCUGACAAACCUCAUCCAGGGGAAUCUACUUCCUUCUGCUCUCCUCUGGAUAACCUCUCGACCAGCAGCAGCCAAUCAGAUCCCUCCUGAGUUUGUAGAUCAAGUCACAGAGGUGCGAGGCUUUAAUGAUUCUCAGAAGGAGGAGUAUUUCAGCAAGAGAAUAAGUGAUCAGAGCCUUGGUGAUAGAAUCAUCACACAUAUCAAAUCAUCAAGAAGCCUGUACAUCAUGUGUCACAUACCAGUCUUCUGUUGGAUUUCAGCCACUGUUCUAGAAAGAAUGUUGGGUGAAGCAGAGAAUGCAGAGAUCCCCAAGACUCUUACACAAAUGUUUACGCACUUCCUGAUCUUUCAGACCAAGCUAAAGACUCAAAGGUAUGAUGGGAAACAUGAAAUAGAUUUUCAUCAGAUUAGAAGGAGCAUUUGGUCACUAGGAAAGUUGGCUUAUGAGCAACUUGAAAAAGGGAACCUGAUCUUCUAUGAGGAGGACCUGAGAGAAUGUGGCAUUGAUGUCAGAGAAGUGUCAGUGUAUUCAGGAGUUUGUACUCAGAUCUUCAGAGAGGAGUCUGGACUGCAGCUUGGGAAGGUCUACAGCUUUGUACAUCUGAGCAUCCAGGAGUUUCUAGCUGCUCUAUUUAAGAUGCUCUCCAUGUCUAAACAAAAAGCAAGACUUCGAAAUGUGCUCAGGUUUUCUAUGACUGAUUUACUGAAGAAAGAAGUGGACAAGUCCUUACAGAGUGAGAAUGGACAGUGGGAUCUUUUCCUCAGAUUUCUUCUGGGUCUCACACUAGAGUCUAAUCAGAUUCUCUUACAAGGCCUCCAGAGAAAGACAGUAAGCAGCUCUCAUAACAGUCAGGAAACAGUUGCUUACAUUAAAAAGAAAAUCAUGGAAAAUAUAUACUCAGAGAAAUCCAUCAACUUGUUUCACUGUCUAAAUGAAAUGAAUGAUCGAACUUUAGUGCAGGAAGUCCAAACAUAUGUGAGCAAAAAAGGUGUCCGUCGUCUCUCUGGAGUCAAACUAUCUCGUGCUCAGUGGUCGGCUCUGGUGUUUGUGAUACUGAACUCUGAAGAAGAGCUGGAUGAGUUUAAACUAAGUAAAUAUGAUCCAUCAGAAGAAUGUCUUCUGAAACUUCUACCAGUGGUCAAAGCAUCUAGAAAAGCUGAACUGUGUGACUGUAAUAUUACAGAGAAGGGUUGUGCUGCUCUGGCUUUAGCUUUUAGAUCAAACCCCUCACACCUGAGAGAACUGAAUCUGAACAACAAUAAACUAGGAGACUUAGGAAUGAAGCUGCUCGCUGCUGGCCUGGAGGAUCCACAAUGUCAACUGGAAAAAUUACAGCUGUGUGACUGUAAUAUUACAGAGGAAGGCUUUGCUGCUCUGGCUUCAGCUUUGAGAUCAAACCCCUCACACCUGAGAGAACUGAAUUUGAGCCGUAAUAAACCAGGAGACUCAGGAGUGAAGCUGCUCUCUGCUGUACUAAAGGAUCAACACUGUAAACUGGAGAAACUAUGCCUUUUCAGUUGUGAUAUUACAGAGGAAGGUUGUGCUGCUCUGGCUUCAGCUCUGAGAUCAAACCCCUCACAUCUGAGAGAACUGGAUCUGCGCUUUAAUAAACCAGGAGACUCAGGAGUGAAGAUGAUCUCUGAUGUACUAAAGAAUCCACAUUGUAAACUAAAGAAACUAAAGUUGUGGGAAUGUAAUUUUGGAGAGGAAGGCUGUGCUGCUCUGGCUUCAGCUUUGAUAUCAAACCCAUCACACCUGAGAGAACUGAAUCUGAACAAUAAUAAACCAGGAGAUUCAGGAGUGAAGCUGCUCUCUACUCUGCUAGGGAAUCCACUUUGUAAACUAGAGAUUUUAGGGCUGUGGGAAUGUAAUUUUGGAGAGGAAGGCUGUGUUGCUCUGGCUUCAGCUUUUGGAUCAAACCCUUCAUACGUGAAAGAACUGAAUCUGAGCUUUAACAAACCAGGAGAUUUAGGAGUGAAGCUGCUCUCUGAUCUACUUAAGGAUCCCAGCUGUAAACUGGAGAAACUAUGGCUGUGUGACUGCAGUAUUACAGAGGAAGGUUGUGCUGCUCUGGCUUCAGCUCUGAGAUCAAACCCCUCACACCUGAGGGAAUUAGAUCUACGCUUUAAUAAACUAGGAGACUCGGAAGAGAAACUGCUUUCUGAUUUACGGAGGGAUCCGGGCUGUAAACUGGAGAAAUUAGAUAUUUACAGUGUUUAACAGUCACACAUUCAUAAUGGAACCUUCAAGAGCUUCAGCUGGUAAACCAAAACAGACACUUAUUGAACUGAACAAGAAUCUAAACUGAAUAAACACUGUUAUUAAUCCAGCAGAUUUAUAAGUGAAUUAUAUGUUUUAUAAAUACGCACAGUUUGAAACUUAAUAUAUUAUAUUAUAUAUUCAGAGAAAAGUAACUGUAAAUAAUAUUAAUGUGAAAAUGUAGCUAAACUUUGCAAAACAAUGGCCCUCCAGGACCAGGAAUGCCCACCCCUCUUCUAGGGGGUCCAUUUCAGAGAAAUAAAAAAAGUUUAUUUAUUAAUUUAGCUCCAACUUCUUGCUACAUACAGAUUUGCUUUGUAUCUUUUUUAGUGUGUUUUCUGUAUUAGAGUCCCCUUUACCUCUAGGGUUCAUAAAGCAGAAUUCUCUGUAAAGCUGCUGUAGUACAAAAAUAUUGAAUUGAACAUGUUUCAAAAACAGCUUCAUGUUACAAUAAGUGUAGCCAACCAAUUUUAUAUUUGUUAUACAUAAUUUGUAAAUUGCUAUGUAUAUGUAUAUAAAGGGGGUCCCUAACAAAAUGUUAAUCGUAUUUGGGGGUCCUUGACAUCAUAACGUUUAAAACCCCUGGUAUAGAUAACUUUCAAUGCUUAAACAUAAUCCUCAUGCUCAAUUGUACAAAAAAAACCCAGACCAUAACAUUGUAUGCACACUCCAUGGGUGGCAUUUUAAACAAAAAGCUACAUUUUUAUUAGUCCAAGGUCUCAAUCUCAGUGUCUUCUUCUGGUUUAUUAUAACAAUUUUGCAGAGAUUCAGUGUCUAAAUAGUUUUUUUAUUAUUUUCUUUAAAGCAGUAAUUUUCCACACAUAAUUAGUUCCAAAUUUAUACAAGAGUAAUGGACCACUGCGGCUUUCUUCUUUGUCUGUAUUGUAUGUACAGUAUGUUAGACUGGGAUUUUUCUAGUUUAUUAGUUUUAAUGUGAUCUUGUUCCUGGCCACCAAUAUUUUCAUGCCAGCGUGUAUAAUGUUAUACUGACUACAAUACUUGUGUAAGCUCUUUCCACAACAUCUUUGACACAUAAAAGCAUUAUGUUGCCUUUUAAUAAAUGUGUUAAUUCAUAGUCUGAGAUAUUUCUUUUUCUUAAGAACUUGUCUUCAAAAGCUUGUCUGUUGAUGUCUGUUUAGAGGCUUUCUUGUGUGCCAGCUUCAGAAGAGGAUCCUUUAGGGACGACGGCCAUGCAAACCGACUUUUGGCAGUGUGCGGCGUAUGGUCUGAGCACUGACAAUCUAACCUUCCACUUCUGCAAAAUAAAAGAAUAAAACAAUUCUGCACCUGACGCACAACACAAGUACUCAGCUUUUUUGAUUGACCUUGCAAGUCCUGUUCUGGGUGGAACCACAAAACCUAUGACUCUGGCCAUUGUACUGUCUGUAACUCAGUUUCAGGGUGUUACCGAUCUCCUUAUAGCCUAGACCAAGGGUCUUUAACCUUUUGUUGGAUAAAUCAAUCUGGAGGGCUACUUUUUUGAUAUAGUCUACUCAAAACUUUUUUGUUUUACUUGUUGAUUUUAUUUUAUUUUAUUUUACUUGUUGAUAUGUUUUAUUACUGUUUACAAUGUAAACAUAC